AUCAAGAAUGGUCUAUUCCUACCUGCAACAUAAAUUCUUUUAUUAGGUCACCAUGGCAGUCCCCUUGCAGCUUCUUGUUUUUGUCUCUGGGCUGACCAGCAUCUGGUGCGAAGGACCUAAAUUUGAACACGCAACACUAAUUGGUCACUUGGAUUCUCGGCUGUUUGACGCUUCUGGAGUAGCAGCCAGCCGGAAGCACCAUGGCGUCCUAUACACUCACAAUGACGGAGAUAACAAACAACCCUUAGUGUACGCCAUCAAUGCGUCAAAUGCCGCCAUCAUCUCAGCUCUACGAUUAUUUCCCGCCGAAAACCACGACUGGGAGGACAUUGCUGUAGGUCCCUGUGGAAAAAGCAGCUGUAUAUAUAUCGGGGAUAGCCAAAGUCACAAAAUCUACAGGGUGGAGGAACCCGAGUUCGUUUACUCCGAUCAAAUUCUUACAGAUGUCGCAGCGGUUCAGAUUGAAUGGUCUCAUGGCUUCGACACCGUUAUGGUGGACCAACAUGGCGACGUAUACAUAGUACAAAGUCAUACCAGCCAUCACCGCCAGGUCGGACGAUUACCGCACGACCAAUGGAACAGCACCCACGUGGUACAUUUACACACAAUCCAUCUUCCUGAUUUACACCUGCCCGACAACAGUCCCACUUCCGGUGAUAUUUCGCCAGAUGGCACCCAGAUAGUUCUCCUGUCACUGCACAAAGUUCACUACUGGAUAGUUUCUCAUGGUGACAAUGUACUGGAUACACUACAACAUCACCCCAUCGCUUCACUACCUACUAGACCCGUUGGGGCGACAGAGGGAAUCUGCUGGGACACUAAUGGGCGUAAUUAUUACGAAGUAGCCGAGCGUUCUUCGUCAUCAUCACCCGCAUCUGUCCAUAUUUAUAAUCGUGUAUAAAUACUAGCAACUGAAAUAAAAACACACAUGGUU